AUGGCUGAAGAGGAGAUCAGGGCUUCGGGCACUCCGUUCUCCCUCUCUUUUUCGGGCAGUGGCUUUUUGGUCCUGUACCAGAUGGGAGUGCUGCAGUCCCUCCUGGAGCUGGCUCCGGAGCUGCUCCGCUCGGCGUGCAAGGUCUACGGCUCCUCGGCAGGAUCCCUCAUCGCAGCGGCCGUUGUGUGCGGCAUCAACCUCGAUGACCUAAAGGAAUUUAUCUUUGCAAGCAGAAGGAAAAUCAGGAAUACCAUCCUGGGCCCUCUGUCUCCCAAGUGCAGCCUGGUGGAGAAUCUCAAGAGCCUUUUGCAGAGGACGCUCCCCGAGAACUCCCACCAAGUGGCUUCGGGGAGGCUGCACAUCUCCCUCACGCGGGUGGUGGAUGGCCAGAACGUCAUGGUCUCCGAGUUCAGCUCCAAGGAGGACCUCAUUCAGGCUAUCGUGUGCAGCUGCUUCCUCCCCAUCUAUUGCGGAUUCAUCCCUCCGUCCUACCGAGGUGUGCGCUACGUGGACGGAGGCUUCACCGGCCUGCAGCCCGUCUCCAGCCUGGAGGAGGCCGUGAUCACGGUGUCCCCGUUCACAGGGGAGCUCGAUAUCUGUCCGCGCGACUGCCCUGCCAUCUUCUACUGUUUCCAGAUCUUCAACGGCAGCAUUCAGAUCUCCAUAGAAAACCUGUGCCGCAUUAGCUACGCGCUCUUUCCACCCAGCUCCGUGGUCCUGGAUGACAUGUAUUUCCAGGGCUAUCAGGACACUGCCCUUUUCCUCUGCAGGAACGGUAAGUUUUCCCCCCGAGACCGCAAAGGCGGCCGAAAGCGCAACCUGCUGCCGGCAGCAUCGCCCAGGCGGCCGCGACACCUCCGGGGACGUCAGCGCCUUCCUUUGUGCCUCGCAGACGCCUUCGGCACGAACUAUUUCGAUGGCAACUUCCGCUUUGCCAGCAUCUUCGAGACACUCAGUAAGCGGAGAAGAUGA